UGGAGUCCAUAUCCAAUCACGACUUUUUCUCCUCGAAUCUCUUUCCUUGUAUAAAUUAGAGAUUUUUAUUUAUUCAAUUUUUAGCCCUAGCCACAGCCCUAGGUCCAAUUCCAAUUUAGGGUUUUGUUUUUCUCUCACCGAACGAAAAAAAGCUCUAAACUUCAAAGCUCUAAACUUUUUGCCUUUGGUUGCUCCAGCCCAAUUAACCAUCUUUCUUCUUCUCCUUCGUCUUCCUCCUUUGCGCUUCCCUCUGUUAAGCCAAAUUCAAAAUAUUAUUUUUUAAUUCCUUCAGUUUCAGAAAACAAGGAAACUGAAUCUAUAACCUCUGUUUUGGAUCUGCUUUCAGGGUUUUGUCCGUGAAACAAGGUUUUUGAUUCUUGGUGUUCGUGGGUUUCGCUCAAAAUCCAUGUUCUUCGUGGUUCUUAUAUUCCUUUUCCGUUUCUCUAGCUAUGGGGACUGAACAUUGAGAUGGAGACUGCAAUCAUUCCUGCUACCACACCUGUUACACCUAUUACUCCUACUGACAACAAUGAGCCACUUGGUUCUGAAGCACAGCCCAAUAAACGUAGGAGGAAGAAGUCUAUAGUCUGGGACCAUUUUACUGUGGAGACUGUAGGAGAUGGAUGUAUCAGGGCCUGCUGUAAUCAGUGCAAGAAAUCAUUUGCAUACAUUACCGGUUCAAAGCUAGCUGGUACUAGCCACCUCAAAAGACACAUUGCAUUGGGAAUCUGCCCUGUAAGCCGUCAGAGAAAUCAACAGACACCAGACUCUAAAACUGGUAAUGCUACUGAUGAAACAAGGAAAAGACACCGAGCAACUCCUGGAUUUGCAAACAUCCCUUUUAACCAGGAACGCUGCAACCAUGAGAUAGCUAAGAUGAUCAUAAUGCAUGACUAUCCGCUCCACAUUGUGGAACACCCUGGUUUUAUUGAUUUUGUGCGGACUCUUCAACCCAAGUUCAAUAUGGUGAGCUUCAACACUAUUCAAGGAGAUUGUGUUGCUAUGUACCUGAAAGAGAAGCAAAGCCUUCUCAAUUUUAUCAGUGAAAUUCCUGGAAGGGUCAGCCUUACAUUAGAUUUGUGGAUUUCAAAUCAAACCGUGGGCUAUGUUUUCCUAACUGGACAAUUCAUUGAUACUGAAUGGAAUUUGCAUCGCUGCCUGCUUAAUGUAGUCAUGGUACCUUCUCCUGAUUCAGACAGUGGCGUUACAGCAAGCUGUUGUUUCUUGCCUAUCUGAUUGGCAUUUGGAGAACAGGCUAUUUACCCUCACUCUUGAUCAGUCCUUCUCAAAUGAAAAUAUAAAUGGAAGUCUUAGAGCUCUAUUUUCCCUCAGGAACCCUUAUA